AGAACCGCCACUCGCCAGUUGCUUAUACCGCCUCGCCACGUGAGGAGCUCCUAGACAGUGCUAGGAUGUUUACUGUACUCGGAGUCUUCAGUUCGCGAGUGCUAAUUUCAUUUAUUGUUUCAAUAACCCCGUCGACACCAGUUUGUUUAUGUUACCUGUGCCACCACCGGCACUGAGGGAAGUGACAGUUGAAGCUAACCUAGGGCUAGUACGCCAAACCCUACAACUUGAAAAGUAUCCCGCAUGAACUAGACUCCAAACUUCCAGGAUUUUCAGAGUGCUUCUCGGAUUUAUUCAGGUGCAUUUAGUCAUUUGUAGUGGAUAUUGGUGCGAUGAAGUAGUGCGACCUAAAUAUAUCAGUGUUUAGAAAAUUUACCGAGCGGUAUUGCAUCUGUAGUUCGUCUUCGUAACAUUUGUAUACACCUCAAGGAGUUACUUCAACCCUGCCGAUGGAUCCGUUUAUUUCUCCAUAGUCAAUUUGGUUUAUGAGUCUUCGUGCGGCUGCUGAAUUCGACUGUGAUUUCCAUCUGAAUAAAGGGUUUCAAAAGUUCCUUCUGCGGAAGUUUCAACAACACCUUCAGGAUGAUUUCUUGCCGCCAAGGACUGGGCCACACUCGACGGUAGCCAAAAGAAAGAAGCGACCGAGGUGUGAGGGUUGGUCCAGCCCUUACCUCGAUCUCACUCAAAGUCCGUGCUGUCUACUAUGCAAAUAGUACAUCAACUUCGAGCCUUCAUCGCGGUACUUGGCUUGGCCUCUGUAUUGCAUCCGGUUCAUUGUCAGAUACAUUUCGACAAUCAUACAGUUGAAUCUAGUAGCGGAAGACGUGUUGAGAGGUCAAUCAGAAGCAGGCAUAGUAGUUUGAAUACCGACGAGGAUUGGUUUGACUCGUUGUACAAACAGAACAUACCACUAAUCAGCCCUGGCAAGCUACUCACCCCUAGAGAGAACCAGCAGCUAAUUCGUCAAGAAACCCGAAAUCGCACAACAGUCGACUGCUGCCCAUCAGUAUUAGAAAUGAUCGAACCGGAAGGAGGCAAAAACCAAGAUGACCAAUACGUAGAACUCUACAGGGACGGCGACCAUAGGCAGAGGUUCUACGAGCUGUCUUGUCAUAAGGACAUCAAGAACAAACCCUGUCGAUUCAUGGACAAAAAAAUACAUGAACACUCCCGGUGUGUACAGAAGUAUAGUUAUACCUACGCCCUGGUGAAAGACACGGGCAGACAUCACCAUCACCAAAAAAUCUCGAAUAAAAAUUUCCCAACCUUCCCUGCCAAAGGACCCGAAGAGGUCAGGUGGACACUGGACUAUAUUAGAGUGCGUAGUGGGUGUAGUUGUGUGGUGACUUCGAACAAACAAAAGCGCAAACAGAAACACAAACGAAUAAAACAUGACGAAGAAACGUGAAGUUUCGGAACCAAAGCAAGAUUUUAGAUAUCCAGAACUUUUAUUUAAUUUUAUCCCCUUAAUAAUUUUACCAUCGCCAGUGGCUUGUGAUUAAUGCUUCUUGUUCAUAGAUAUAUCUAUAAAUAAUUACCCUGAAAUUAAAUUAUAUUAUUGUUCAAAUAUUAUUAUCCUUAUUAAUAUUAUCAUGACAAAAUGAAUUGAUGUGAGCUAAGUAUGUAUACCAUCAAAUUUGUAACAUCUUGGUGUUGUCUCAUCUAGAACUUUUAUGUUAAAUUUCAGAAAUAUUCAGUUCACAUUCCAAAAUGUCUCACAAUAUUCAGCAAAUCGAUAAAUACACCACUAGAUGUUUACCAUGAAAUUGCUCUACUUCAGAGGGUGGUUCUCGUUCGAAAAGUUUCUUGGUAUAAAUUUGUUCCAUGUUAAGAAACUACCUCCAGGUAGAGUAGACACCAAGAGAGCUGAAGACUGACUAACACUUCACUUACCUGUUAUUGUAAAAAUUGUAUUGAAAUGGAUUUUGAUAUGGGAUUUACAAUUUCGAUAUGAAAAUUGUUGAUAUGAGAAGAGAACAGACAAUCCACAGUAUUUUUAAUGUUCAAAUUAUUUUCUGCCGAUAGUUAUCAUCACAAUAUAUUGAUGUCGAGUUUUUGGAAAUGAAAAUAUGAAUGUAACGUUAUCAAAAUUUUUUGUGCGAAAAUAAAGUUAUGAGAG